AUGUCGGACCCGCAGGUGCAGCUGGAGUCCUUGCAAGAUGUGUGGAACACAUGUCAGACGAAUGAUGAUCAAAAGCAUGUUUUGAUCAAGGAUCUAUUCGCAUAUGUGAACGAUCUCUCUGCUCGGUUGUCAGAAGCUGAGUACGAACUUCGUGAUCGAAAAGACGUGAUCAAGUUGACACGCGAUCGUAUCGAAGAAGCCGACAAGCGGAUCCAAGUUUUUCAGGCUGAGAAGGCUCGUCAUGCCUUCGCAUCCGUUUUGAUCGAUGGUGAUUGUAUGCUGGUAAGUCCUCUACCCUUCAACCAUCCGUCAACUCUAACCUGGUUUAAGUUCAAUGAUGACCUUGUGAAAGCCGGGCUAGACGGCGGAAAGAGAGCCGCCCGCUUACUCAAACAAGCUGUUGAGGAAGAACUUCGAUCAUCUCCACCUGCGUUGGCCCACCAUAUCCAGGUGGUCAUUCGUGUUUACGCGAACAUGAAGGGCCUGGCGAAGACAUACAAAGACGCUGAGAUUCUCCCACAGUUAGCGUCACUUGACGAGUUCGUACGUGGUUUCAAUAUGGGCGAUCCCAUGUGUGACUAUGUUGAUGCUGGCAACGGCAAAGAGUGUUCGGAUGAGAAGAUCAAGGCAAUGUUUCGGCACGAUCUAGCGGAUAUGCACUGUCACCAGAUCCUGUUCGGUGGCUCAGCUGACAAUGGCUAUGCCCGAUUGCUGGGCCCAUAUAACGAAGACGACGCAGUGCGAAGCCGUAUCACUCUCUUGGAAGGCCCGCCGUUCGCCCGCGAGUUAGCUGCGAUUAAGGACAGAUACCACACUGCGCGCAACGGUGUCUCUCCCGACUCCGCCGCGAACACCAUCGACAGACUACGCAACGGCCGCUGCGCAGAUUCCAACAGGGCCUUCUUCAUCUUCGUCGUCUAA